AUGCCGUCUGACAAAUCCAUCAAUACGCUGGCACACGCCUCCGCCGGCCCCGAUCCGGAAAAGGCACACGGCCGAGACGGCUUCGGCUCCGACCACCACCUGGGUCGCCGGCACGCCGACGACGAGGACGGCGAUGAUGUCGAGGAAACCGACGACGACCACGACUCCGAGUCCACCCGUGCCGGCGAAAUCCAGCCCGUGCAGUCGCGCUCACAGAGCAUUAUCAAUCGCGUUCUUUCUACACGUUCUAUUGACCCCGGCCCACCGCCUGAUGGCGGGUGGUCUGCUUGGAUUACAGCCUUAUGUGCGCAUCUAAUUGUAAUGAAUUCAUGGGGCUUCAUCAAUUCCUUUGGCAUAUUCCAAACCUACUACGCCGAGAUUCUCGACAUGCCCCCGUCCACCAUCUCCUGGAUCGGCUCCAUCCAAGUCUUCCUCCUCUUCUCCAUCGGCACCUUGACCGGCCGCAUCACCGACGCAGGCUACUUCCGCCCCGUCCUCAUAGCCGGUUCCGCUCUCCAGGUUCUCGGCAUCUUCUCCGCCUCCUUCGCCUCCACCUACGCCCAAUUCUUCCUCGCCCAGGGCGUCUGCAUGGGCCUCGCCAACGGCUUCGUCUUUUGCCCCACCAUCGCCACCUUGUCCACCUACUUCUCCUCCAAGCGAUCCCUCGCCAUCGGCAUCGGCGCCUGCGGCAGCGCUACCGGUGGCAUCAUAUUCCCCCUCAUCGCCCGCUUCCUCAUCCCCCGCGCCGGCCUCCUGACCCUCCGCACCAUCGGCUUCGUCCAACUUGUCGCCCUCGUCUUUUGCAAUUUCUUCCUCAAGCCCCGCGUGCCCCCGCAAGGCCGGGCCCCUGGUUGA